UGAAGUUGAAACGACAUUUGAUUGAUACUGCCAACAUUAGGAAUAUUUUAUGUUGAUUUAAUAAUGUCUUUUUUCUGAGUUUUUGAAAAAAGGCUUCACUGUUCUAUUGUUAUUGUGCAUUAUAAACAAUUGAAUAAACAUGUCAUAAAUAUUGCUUUGAAAAAAUACGGCUUUGUGUUAAAUAUAAUUACAAAACAGACAAUUAUACGACAUGACAAUACUUUUAUGAUAUAUGAUUUUACAUUACCCGCAACCUGCUAAUAUAAUUACAUUGGCCAAGAGUUUUUGUUGUAUUUUAAACUGGAAUUGUGCAUUUUCAAGGCAGAACUUGAGUUUAAGACGAAUGAUUGUUACAAACAAUGAGUCUUGAUAACACCAUUGUGUUGGACAAUGGGGCGAGUUCUUUAAAAAUUGGGAAGACAAACACAGAAAUAAGCAUUUUCCCGAACAGUAUCUUUCGUUCUAAAAGUGAGAGAAGAAAGAAUUUCAUUUCGAAUCAAAUUGAUGCAUGUAAAGAUUACUCAAGUCUCUUCUAUGUCCUUCCAUUCCAAAAAGGAUAUCUUUUAAAUUGGGAUGUUCAGCGACAAGUGUGGGACCACGUGUUUGGAAAAGAUGUUUUAAAUUUAAAAUGCAACGAAUCCAACAUUGUAAUCACGGAGCCUCACUUCAACUUUGCCUCCAUACAAGAAGCAAUUAAUGAAAUAUUCUUUGAAGAAUACGAAUUUCAAAGCAUUCUAAGAACCAACUCAAGUACUUUAUCAUCUCAUAAAUAUGCAGCAGACAAUCCUGGAGAAGAUUGUUGUUUAGUUGUUGAUUGUGGAUAUUCAUUCACUCAUAUUGUUCCUUAUCAUAAAAACAACAAAAUUCCUGAAGCAGUUUGCAGAAUUGACGUUGGUGGUAAAUUGUUGACAAAUCACCUGAAAGAAAUCAUCUCCUAUCGUCAACUACAAGUCAUGGAUGAAACAUAUGUUAUGAACCAGGUGAAGGAAGACGCAUGUUAUGUUAGCAUGAAUUUCAACGAUGACAUGAAAACUUGUAAACUCAAGGGUAAAGACAACACUGUGUUGCGAGAUUAUGUUUUACCAGAUUAUACACAAAUAAAACGAGGAUAUAUUAAAAAGCCAGACUCCGUAUCAACCAAAUCACAAGAACAAAUGAUCCGAUUAACAGUGGAAAGGUUCGGGGUCCCAGAGAUUCUAUUUCACCCCUGGGAUGUGGGAAUUCCCCAGAUGGGGUUAGCAGAAGCGAUCAUGCACUCUGUAUCGAAAUGUCCCCAAGACACCCAACCUCACAUGUUGCGUAACAUUGUACUCACUGGUGGAAGUUGUAAGUUUCCUAACUUCAAGGAAAGAUUGGAGAGAGAGAUCCGAUGUUUGGCACCCGACCAUCUGGAUAUCUAUGUUACUUUGCCACACAACCCGAUAACAUAUUCAUGUGAGGGGGGAUUGCAUUGGUCGAAAACUAACGAGAUUCGUGAACAUUGGUUGACGUUGGAGGAAUAUCAAGAGGGAGGCCAAGCAGCUUGUGCUAGGCAGUUUUAUGAUAUAUGAUGAUUUAAUCGAAUGUUCAUUGUUAAGUGUUGACCAGAAUUAAUUCAACAUGCUCUAACAUGGGUUUUAAGCUCU